AUGAGUCCAAUCCCCGACAGCCUCUCCGGAGAGGAUGGCCUCCAUCUAGCACAGAGGCGACAGCAUCAUCGCCGUGGUGUCAAGCCGCAGUAUCGUUCUCUCAACCGUCUGGUGCGUGCUGGCGCAAAGCAUCUUGUCGAAAGUGGCCAAACCGACAUCUUCCCCGACUGUCACCAAGAUCACAGCCAGCUUGAUAAAGCCAGUUUGCGAUCCCACAUCCAGCAAGACAUACGUCAAUACUACUUCAACAUUGGCAAGUCAGCCUAUCGAGGAGACCAGAUUCCUAAUUACAAUGGCCCUACACCUCGCAAACUAGACGGCCAGGACGACGGUCGAGAUCUUGCAUACAGCGACAUUGAACUGCCUUCAGACCGAAGCCGCCUUGUUCGAAGACCAACCCUCGAGAGAGAGGAUGCUUUCUGGUAUGCAUCUACGUCCAAGAUCCAUAUCCGCCGGCGCGUCGAAACCGCCAACGAAGACCAGCAGGUCGCCGACCUCUACCGCAUGGGGCUGCUCUACGACAAUGACGAGCAGGAUCGCAGCGGCGGCGACAGCUUCAACUUGAACAGCAUCAGGCACGAUGAGCCCCUCUACCCAAUCCGCCCGGCCAGGCGGACGCGAAAGCACAAGGCCGCCAAGGAUGGUUUCGCAGACCAGGCCUUGCACCUCAAUCUGUCCUUUUCCGACCUGGGCGACGACGACGUUCUUGCCCAGUAUCUCAUGGCGUGGACUCGGCCGCAUGCCGACGAGGCGAUUCAACAUGCGCCCCAGGAGCUGGCCGAGUCGCAGCCCCCCCUGCGUGUUAUUUACGAACUUGCGACUUCACAGCCUUCUUUCGAUCUCGACACGUCGCAACCCCCGGAGUUGGUGUUGGACGCUCUGUCAGACUACGACUGCUUCUCGGACGGCGAGCUAGACGACACACCUUCCCAGCGGGAGGUGCAGGAGCAUGCGGACAAUCCGCCUGCAGAUUCUUGGGUCAUGCUGGGCGACGACUCGUAG